AUGUCAGAACUUUGCAAGACUCCGUCCAAGAGCUCCGCAACCAUGGAGGCGGUUGAGACAACUGGACAACUGAACGAUGACCGCGCACUUGCGCAGUUGGGAUAUGCUGCUGAAUUACCUAGGAAUAUGAGCAUGCUCAGCAUCCUCGGACUCUCUUUCGCCAUUAUGUCUGUACCUCUUGGCAUAUCGACAACAUGGUAUAUUUCUCUUACCGACGGGCAGUCAGUAACCGCUCUUUAUGGUUGGAUCUUGGUAUCGUUGGUGUCCCUCUGCACCGCCGCCUCCAUGGCCGAGAUUUGUGCUGUGUACCCAACAGCUGGAGGCGUAUAUUACUGGUCUGCUAUUCUGUCCACCCGUUCGUGGGCACCUUUGGUCAGUUGGAUUGAUGGCUGGCUUGGCCUGGUGGGCAACUGGACUGCGGCUUUGAGUAUUAACUUUUCGGGCGCGCAAGUUAUACUGAGCGCAAUCACUUUAUGGAACGAGGAUUAUGUCCCCAACGCGUGGCAGACAGUCCUUACUUUCUGGGCUUUGACAUUUGUUUGUGUCCUGCUCAACCUGGCGGGAACCAAGGUUCUGGAUAAGUUGAAUCAGAUUUGUGUCUACUGGACCGUGGCGUCUGUGAUUAUCGUUAUGAUCACAUUGCUUACUAUGGCGGACGAGAAGCGCACCGCCGAAUUUGUCUUUGCCCACUAUGAUGCGUCGGCCGCGGGAUGGCCAAACGGCUGGGCCUUCUUCGUGGGCCUGCUGCAAGGAGCAUACACCCUCAUUGGGUACGGCAUGGUUGCUUCCAUGUGCGAGGAAGUUCCGAACCCCGAACGCACUGUGCCCAGGGGCCUCGUCCUUUCUGUGCUUGCUGCAGGGAUUACUGGUCUUAUCUAUAUGAUCCCUAUCCUAUUCGUUCUGCCAGACGUCAAGACUCUUUUAUCUGUUGCCAAUGGCCAACCCAUCGGCCUCAUCUUCAAGACAGUCACAGGCUCUGCGAGCGGCGGCUUCGGACUCCUUUUCUUACUCCUCGGGAUCCUCCUCUUUGCCGGAACAGGGGCCAUAACUGCUGCUUCACGCUUCACCUUUGCCUUUGCACGAGACAAGGCCAUUCCUGGACAUCAUAUCUGGAGCCGCGUGAAUAAACGCCUUGAUGUCCCCCUUUGGGCCCUCAUCCUCACUGCCAUCGUCAACGCCUUGCUGUCUUGUAUCUACUUUGGCUCCUCAGCGGCCUUCAAUUCGUUCACAGGUGUGUGUACUAUCUGCCUCUCGACUUCCUACGGAUUACCCGUUCUAGUGAGCGUGAUUCGCGGCCGUCGUGAUAUGGGCAAUUCGCCAUUUAGUCUAGGGAGAUUCGGGUUACUGAUUAAUCUGAUCUGCAUCACUUGGAUUGGGUUCUCUAUUAUCAUCUUCUGUAUGCCAGUGGCCUUGCCUGUGACUGCGUCGACAAUGAACUACGCAAGUGUUGUGUUUGCGGGCUUUGCGAGCAUCAGCGUGGCAUGGUAUGUCGCAUAUGGGCGGAAACAUUUCCACGGACCUCCAGCUCUAACUGCGGGUAUGUAA